AGCGCUAAUGUUAAGCUAGCUAAUGAUAGGGGCUGGGUACGGAGCAACAGGCUACACAAGUACUACGCAACUUUGACCACUGAACUCACUUAACAGCUCAGACUACUCAUUUUCUCAGUGGAGAACGAACUACAUGCGUGGAGAAACUGACGCACGUUAUAAAAUAUCUUUUUCUGACUUUUUAUUUUCAGUCAGUAUUAAACUAGACAAACUUUGCGCCGAGCUAACAGGCUAAUGGUCUGGUUUGUUUUUGUCUCGACGCGCAGCUAGCUGGCUAGGUCGCUAUGAAAUGCAGUACAGAGUAACUAGCCACAUAACCACGGAGGUUUGUCCGUCGGUCGCUUUAAAAUGACCGCUGUACUUUCAGUUGUCCACGAACGACACGGACGAUAUAGUUUCCAGGAUGCCAUCUCCGAAGAAGUUGUUUCGCUGCAUUAAUGUUUGGCACUACUGAGCGAUGCUCUCAAGAAAGAAAAGUAAGAACGAAGCGUCCAAGCCAGCAGAGGUCCAAGGGAAGUAUGUGAAGAAGGAGACGUCCCCGCUGCUGAGAAACCUUAUGCCCCCAUUCAUCCGACAUGGCCCAACGAUCCCUCGGCGAGUGGAGGUGCCUUUGCCAGAUGCCCCUGCAGUACCUGGUGCAGGUGCAGGUGUGUACCCACUUGGCGCAGGAUCAGAGGUGGGAGCACGAAAGAGUUUUCUCCGUAACGCAGUUCCCCGGCUGCCGCAUGAGGUCUCCCGCCGAGAUAGCCACCGUCUGUCUGCCCCACCUUAUCUUCCUCGCUCUCUCUCGGAUCUCCCACAUGACUACUCCUCAUCCUCACCCUCCUUCAUCAGUGACGGUGGGCAAAUAACAGAGAAUGGAGAUGCAGGCCGGUACUACUAUGCCCCCGAGGCAUACUAUGAAAGUCAGCCUCGGCGCACGCGCAGGCCUGAUCACUUCCACGAUGACUACAGAUACUACGAGCACAGCGAACUCAACUACCGAGCACCUCCACAGUCCCAGACACCCCAGCCCCACAGUAGACCUCCUGCAGCUAUUGGACGCAUGCAGGCAAAGUCUCUUGGUAAUCUUACGAGUUUGAGUGGCGAGGAGACGCCCCUUCCACCUGGCUGGACAGUUGACUGGACAAUCCGAGGCCGGAAGUAUUACAUCGAUCACAACACAAACACCACUCAUUGGAGCCACCCACUAGAGAGGGAGGGCCUUCCACCUGGCUGGGAGAGGGUGGAGUCAGCAGAGUUUGGAGUUUAUUAUGUUGACCAUAUCAACAAACGUGCUCAAUACAGGCACCCCUGUGCUCCCAGUGUCCCACGCUACGACCAGCCCCCACCCCUUCCACCACCCAUCACUUACCAGCCACGCCCUCAAGAGCGGAAUCAGCCAGUCCUGGUCCCUGCUAACCCUUACCACACUGCCGAGAUACCAGACUGGCUGCAGGUCUAUGCCAGAGCACCCCUAAAAUAUGACCACAUCCUGAAGUGGGAGCUGUUCCAGCUGAUGGAUCUGGACACGUAUCAGGGCAUGCUGAAGCUAUUGUUUAUGAAGGAACUGGAACGCAUCGUUAAAUCAUACGAAGCGUAUCGCCAAGCACUGCUCACUGAACUCGAUAUACGCAAACAGCGCCAGCAGUGGUACGCUCAGCACACAACCAAAAACUUCCCUCAGAACAUGUGAGCUGCAGCAGACAGCAUCCCCUGACAACACGCACCCAUCACCAAGCCUGAUGACAAUCUCUGCCUAAAUGUGUGCCUUAGCAGCAUAUUAUGUCCAGCUGCCAAACGUGAUAUACGCAGAAACACUUCACCGUACACUACAUGCUUGGGCAUACAGAUAUAGCAUUGAGACUGUACAAGAUUUAGAAGCAGAACCACACACAAAUGAGAAGAAUACUGUAAACCACAGCAACUUGCUUCUGCCUGUAACCAUGCACAGAUUUUAGCCAUUUUAUUGCUUCUGAAUGAUUGAGAGAGCAGCCGAACUCUUCCAUGUGUGCUGAUGCACGCAGGUGUGUGUAGUGCCUAGAAAGCUUUAUAGCACAAAGACCACCAAAGCUGGCCUAGUGAGCACUGCUCUAAACCUUUUACAUUAAGAUUAGACACUACAGUGCCUUGUCUACAGUCCUUUUGUUGAGCUGUAUCUGAACUAGCUCUCUUUUCUCUUACACAGGCACACAUACGUACAGGCAGCUGUCCUCUUUUUUCCUGUCUGAAGUGUCUAAUAAUCUUAUAUGCUCCUCUGUUCAGCAUGUGUAGCCACUCAGCCUGUAGCCAACACUCUUCUGCCUGCAGCCAGUGGACAAUGAGGUUUUAUAUAUGAAUUUCUCCUGACAAUGACAAUCCAGCAUGCUCUGUAUGUAGGAGGUUUGUGAAUUUUUCUAAAGGAAUAUGUCUUUAUUUAAAGACUAAUUUCUCGGGCAGAAGCAUCACGUGUGAUGCAGGGUGAGUGUGAGCUCUUCCAGCUCAUGGCAUUAUUUUGAAAUACUGUUUCUUCUUUAUAUAUAUGAUAUCUAUUUUUCCCUGUAUAAUGAAAUUAUAUAUAAACAUAUACACUACUAGCAACCUUUUGGUGCUGAAUUACACAAAGAUUUUUGUAA